GACUUGUUCUGGUAUGUGUAUUCGGGAGAUUUCAAUGUGCGUUGAGGAAGCUGCGAUGGAGAUACGAUGUUGUGCCAUUGGGAUCGUUGUGUGAUAUGUUGCAAGGCAGGAGUGCUCCGUAUUGAUGCGUCACAUCCGCUGCUCCCUGUGAGGUGGACUGGCCUCGAUGCUGUUACCAAUGCAUCUCCACCGUGUGCAGUCGUGACCUUGUCUUUGCAGCUUUGUGCGCUAUUCCUGCCCGACUUCAUGGAUAUUUCUUCUCUUCCAACCGGUGCUUUGGUGCCGAGCUGCCGUGCUACUUUCCAUGAUGUUUCACUCCUUUUGAGAAAUCAUCACCCCCGGUUCGGCGCCUGGCAGGCCCAUUCCCAAUUUUCCAAUGGCUGCCCCUCAUCCUCAAACGGAUCGCAGCUGCAGCAGAAUAGCGACACUCUUCACCACCACCUUUCACGGUUCACGGUCUGGUAAACCCGUUCCUGCUCUUUGGCGGUUGUCCUUCAUCCUCAAAUAGACCGCGUGUAGAAAGCGUAACCAUCAUCGCACGGAAAGCAAAAU